CAAAACUUCCCCUCAGAGAAAAUUCUGUUCACUGCAUUCUCACACACUCGGAUGAGCUUCAAGAUGAACUAUUUUGUGAUUUUACUUAUCAUUUGUGCAUCCACAGAAAUUCAUCAUGAAAUUCACUUUAUUUAUGGAUGCUUUGAGUCAGGUGAUCCUGAGGUGGGGAUGAUGGUUGAUGGAGAUGAAGUCUUCUAUGGUUUUUUCAAUAGCAAUGUGGUAGAUGUGGUGUGGACUUUACCUAAAUACCCACCUAUUAAAAUGAAUCAAAUUCAAAAGUUAUUGGCCCUUGAAUAUGUAACCAAUAGUGAACCUUGGUGCAAAGAAAACUUAGCAUGGGGCCAAAUGGCACAACCCAAAAUACCAAAAGUCAAAGAAGCCCCUGAGAGCACCAUCUACCCCAGGGAGCAUGUGAAGCUUGGGGAAAACAAUACUCUCAUCUGUUUUGUGAAUAAUUUUUUUCCCCCACCUGUGAAAAUGUAUUGGAAGAAGAAUGGCAUGGAGGUGACUAAGGGAACAUCUCUUAGUCGAUACUAUCCUAAUAAAGAUGGAACAUUCCACCAGUUUUCUACCUUGAGUUUCACCCCAGAGGAGGGGGACAUUUAUGCCUGCACUGUGGAGCACACAUCCCUGGAGGACCCUGAAUCCUACUUCUGGGAGCAUGAAGUCAGUGAAGUUAUUGUGUCCAGUGCCGGUUAUUCAGUAUUCUGUGGAAUGGGACUGUCCUUGGGACUGCUGGGGGUGGCUACCGGAACAUUCCUCAUGGUCAAAAGAAGCAAGAGCAAUUAAGUUUCAGGAACAAAACAAAUGCAUUGACUCAAUUAAGAUUUUGACAUUAUGGUUUCAGACAUACUUUUGGUAUUUUUGUUGUCAUACAGUAUGUUUUUUUUCAUAAGUUUGAGGUUCACACUUGUUCUGCCUAGAGAGAUAUUAUUUUCCUGUUGUAUUAACAUGUUUCUUUCCAUCCCAAACUGAAGUGAUGUAAUCAGAAGACCAUUAAAAUGUAAUAAAUAAAUAAGGACUAAAUGAUACAAAAUUAUAAUAUAAAAAACCCUAACCCUGACAGUUCCCCACUGAUUUUAAAUAUGUUCCUCAAUUCUUUACCAUCAAUUGACCAACACAUGACUUGGACUUCCCCUAAAUACUAUUGCACAGACAAACAUGUCGGAUCUUCCAUUCACCCACACUGCAUCUCACAAAGACAUGGUGGUUGGAACCAAAAAUCUCAGAUUUGGACUUAUCACACCCAUUUCCACCAGUCUAAUGAAGGCCUGAUUCAUGCAGUCUCCUCUUAACAGUUGAUGUUUAGAUGUGUCUGUUACUUAAACUCUGUGAAGCAUUUAUUUGGGCUGCAACCUGAGGUUUAUUUUCUGAGGCUGGCAACUAUAAUGAACAUCCCCUGCAGCAGAGCAUCUCUCUGUGUAUCUCUGAGUCUUGCUUUCCUGUGGUGGUCCUCAUAAGAGCCAGUUUCAUAAUACCACUUGACGGUUUUUGUGACAACACUUGAAGAAAAGUUACAUUUUCUUUGAUAUUUCAUUUACAAAUGUCCUUGUUUUCCAAGAAAACAUACACUACCAUUCAAAAGUUUGGGGUCACUUAGAAAUGUCCUUGUUUUUUAAAUGUCCAUUCUGUAUUUUCAGCAUCAGAGCUUGUGGGUUCGAUUACAGGCUCAAAAUGUCCAGAAACAAAGAACUUUCUUCAGAAACUCUUAUAAGAAACUGAAGAGCUCAUACAACAAUGUAUAGUACUCCCUUCACAGAAUAUCACAAACUGUCUCUAACCACAAUAGAAUGAGGACAAAUACAUUAGAGUGUCUGGUUUUGAGAAGUCAUCAACCGUCAGCUUCAUUAAAUAGUAGGCCUACUCCCAAAACACCAGUCUCUAUAUCAGCAGUGAAGAGGCAACUUUGGGAUGCUGGCCUUGUAAGUGCAACAUCUGCUCUGCAUGGCACAGCGGCUCCCAUUCCUCUGCGGUACUCUAAGCCACUGGUGUACUUACCAUCGGCAGGAUAGUGAUGGCAGCAGUGUAUCCAGAGGACGAACCUGUUAGUGUUUUUGUUGUGUUUAUAUUCUGUUGAAUAUA